AUGCGCCUUACAGCCACUCAUCUCUUACUUUUCAUACACGCCACAUUCCUCUUCCACUACUGUGCGGUGGUUUAUUCCUCUUGUAUUUCUCCUCACAUCUUUUAUUUAUCUUAUGUUUUCCUUUUUUUUUUUUUCGUCCUUGCUUCUCCUCCUUUUUCCCUUGCUUCAAGUCUUUUUUUUAAAAAAAAAUUAUUAUUAUUGUUAUUAUUUCCUCUAACGCUUUUUUCUCCUCUUUUCUCGACAAAUGCAACAGCGAAAAAGACGACGAUCAUUACCAGAGCAACAACAAUAAUAAUAAUAAUAAUAACACCACAAAUACACGAAGUGUUUAAAUACCAAAAUGCAAUAAAUAUUGUUGGGAAGGUCCAGAACCCUUUAACAAAAGAAAACAAAAAAUCACCUUUACGUAUAAAUUUAAACAUGCAAAUGUACACGUAUAUAAUUGCUUUCUUAUUCUUUCUCAUUUUAUUCAUUCACUCUUCCUCCAGUCCCCCUUUCUUCCCCAGCGUUGUGCAACACAUUAAACAAAAACAAAAGAAACAAAAAAAACAAAAAACAAAAAUAAAACAGAAAUAA